GCGACGGGACAGCUAAUGCUUUUAGAGUUGCAGACAGCAAGAGAUUAUGUGCACGGAGCAGGUGUCGCCCCGCAGACGGACAGGCUCAGUGUGUACACCUUUAGAUGGUGGAAAAGAGGCAGCACAUUUGCAUGUUCGGUUUGACCGUAUUUUCACUCUUCGGGAAUAGUAACGCACGAACCAAUGAUCAUGAGUGAGGUGGUUUGCACGAAAUCCCAGGAGGUGUAUGAGGAUGACUUUGAGAAGGAUCUGGACUGGCUGAUCAGUGAGGAAAGUCGGAGUGAGGAGCAAGGACCUAACUAUGAUGACAUUGAAGCGGACAUUGACAAAGAGCUGGCCGAGGAUGAGAAACAACUUAAAGUGAAGGAGAGAAGCAACAACUCUGAUGAGCAAGAGGACGAUGAGGAGAGGUGGCCCUCACCGAUGGACCCACUCGAGUACGAUUUGGACAGAGACAGCCCCGAUAAGUCCUUUCAUGCGACACCACCUCCUUUGGGUGUGGGUGAGCAGACGGACGAGGAAAAGAAAUACAUCCAAGGGAAAAUCCAACAAGCCAACAAGGAGCUGCAGGAUCAAGAAGCUCCAAAUUUGAGCAGGAGGCGGCGACUUCAGUUUAAAGAGACACUGGUUACCUUAGCGGUGCCUCCCUUGCAAUCGGAAAAUGAUGCCAGAGAGGUGGAUGACACAGAGAUGGAAGUGUCAGGGAGGUUGUCUGAACUGAAACUGUCCCCUCGAGAGGAGCAUCAAGGUGGGAUGAGAGAUGAAGGGCCAAAAGAGGGAAGGGUCCUUGUGGAAAAAGAUGGCAGGUUUGACCUCGUCAGCCUCAAAGAGGUGGAGAAUCAAGGCCUUCUCCCUCCAAUCACACUGGAGCACACAAGCAGCUUCAAGAAGAGCCCAACUUCCCUCCCCUCGCCUCACUUGCCCGUCGGAGCUACUUCCGAUCGCCUGCGGGAAAACGACCAUGUAUAG